AUGUAUUCCCUCGGUGUCGAAGGCGACGAGACUCUCCUCGCUCAGAACCAGAUGAGCGGGAGCAGCCGACUGGCUUCUGGCCUUCUGAUGGGACAGCAUACGAUGGGCAGCAUUGCGGCGCCCGCGCCCGUGUAUACUGGCGAAGAGGAGAAUCUCGAGCCCAGCCCGCGUGGAGAGGAGCAUACUCCGAUAAUCCACUUCCUCACCACCAAGUUGCUCAGGUUUUCUCUCUCACUCAAGUCCGUCUCCAUGGCCCUGAUGUGCAUCUUCUUCCUCGCCUUCGGUGGGCGCUGGGUCUUCACCUUCCAUGCCUACCCCGACAUGUCCAACGGCUUCCACUUGUCCAUGGUUGUCCUCAUGAGCAUUUACCUCAUCGGCACGAUCUUCCUCGCCCUCUUCCAGGCCUUCGUUGCCGACGACUCUAAGUGGACGAAGGGUUUCCGAACUGGCUCUAAGAUCUUGUCUGCGGCUGUGACCCUGGACAUUCUCGCGGCGAUGCUGCGUCUCGUCCAGUACCUGUACCUCUACCACUACCUCUCCGUCGUCUGGUGGACAAAGUUCAACGUCUCCAAGUCGGAGUGGAUCCUCUUCACCGUGAGCAAUGUCAUGGACGGCCUUUCGCUCUUCUCUUACGGCUGGGCGUUCUUCUACAUGGAGGUCUACCACGAUGAGGGCACGUACGAGGAGCUCGCCUGGGGCAUGUUCGGUCUCUUCUCCGUCUCCGGCAUCAUCAUGAUCCUGAUGGUCUUCGCGGGCUUUGGUGCGGUCUUCAUGCUCCUUACCGUGGCUGGUGCCUACGCGACGGCCUGCUACUGGGCGUACCUGUUCGAGCCGCUGCUGGACAAGUGGUCUCCGGAGCUCCACUGCCGCGACAUCAACACCGACAUCAUGCCCACCGAAGGCGUCCCCGCCGCCGGGCAAGCAGCUGCCGGCACUGACUACUACGCUGGCCAGACGAUGAGCCCCCACGGCUCCGCGUACCAGCCUCUUCAGACUGCGGGAUCUGUUGGCACUCUGGGUCGCAUCGGCAGCCAGACCGGCGGCGGCGGCACGAUGAGCGGCUACGGCUCUCAGCUGAGCGGUGAGGAGAACAUCCCGACCCACUACGACUACUCUCAGCUCCAGCAGCAGGUCUCGCGUGACGUGGAGAUGGGCGUCGUGAACCCCAACUACCAGUAA